GUGACGUAGCCACUCUGUACCCUUUAUUAGCGUCUUGCCGCGCGGCAACCUCCCCAGUCUCGGCUCCUUCGUGGUGGCUCUCUUUUGAGUUAUUGUUAGUUUGCAGGACUUGAAUUUACUGCCAUGUCUUCUGAAGAAGGGAAGCUCUUCGUGGGAGGGCUCAACUUCAACACUGAUGAGCGGGCUCUGGAAGACCACUUCAGCAGCUUCGGACCUAUUUCUGAGGUGGUGGUCGUCAAGGACCGGGAGACUCAGCGAUCCCGGGGUUUUGGCUUCAUCACCUUCACCAAUCCGGAGCAUGCCUCAAAUGCCAUGAGAGCCAUGAAUGGAGAGUCUCUGGAUGGUCGUCAGAUCCGUGUAGACCACGCUGGCAAGUCAGCCCGGGGAUCACGAGGGGGUACCUUUGGGAGCUAUGAACGUGGUCGUGGCUACCCUAGAGGUGGUGGGGACCAGGGCUAUGGAAGUGGCAGGUACGACAAUCGACCUGGAGCAUAUGGAUUCGGAUACGGAUAUGGAUAUGGAAGGUCCAGAGACUAUGGUGGCAGAAGCCAGGGUGGUUAUGACCGCUACUCAGGGGGAAAUUACAGGGACAAUUAUGACAACUGAGAUAAGGCCCACCUGACAACCAUUCCUAGGCCUCUCUUGCUUUCAGGUGCCUGUUAAGGCCAGCCUGCUUUGAUGGAAGUAGGGGUGGGGGGCCACCUGUCUUGUCUAUAAUCAUCUACUCCUGUUGAGCAUGUAAGAGAUGGAGGGGUUUCCAGCCUUUCAGCAUCCUCGUCAACCCCGGGAAUUAAGCAUGUUAGUAUAUUCCCCGGAGAAGGCAAUGGCAACCCACUCCAGUACUCUUGCCUGUAAAAUCCCACGGAUGGAGGAGCCUGGUAGGCUGCAGUCCAUGGGGUCGCACAGAGUCGGACACGACUGAGGUGACUUAGCAGUAGCAGCAUAUUCCCAACAUCACAAUUCUUCCCCUUCUUACUG